UCAGCCAAUCGGAGGAACCUCUCCUCCGUGUGAACCAGCAGCGGGAUGACGUGUGUGCUGGCGUAGAGCUGCGGUUCCUCGGCUGCUACUAAAUGAAUGCAUGGUGGGGAUGGAGGAGCAGGACGCACCGGCGGCCAGACUGUGCGCACUGCUGACCUCCACACACACAACCGCACACAAACAACCACACGCACACACGAUCACACACAGGAUUUGUCGUCGUCACUCCUGAGGAUUUCUGCCUCUUUGGGUUUUUCAUUUCUUUGCAGGGAAUCAUCUACAACAGUUUUCUUUAUUUCAGGACACGAGUGGGGAGCCAGCAUGCUGUCCUCUCUGAAGACCCUGCUGCUGCUCUCGGUCCUGUGCGCACCGACCUCCAGCCUGUGCCUGCGCCUCUACCACAGCCGCUCCGACCUCCUGUGCGACAACCAGCUGGAGGAUCCGGGCUACUCCCCGGUGGAGGACUGGGGGUCCCUGCUGCAGUCCGCGGAGUAUCUCUCCUCCUCCUCCUCCUCCUCCUCCUCCUCUUCAUCCUCUGCCCAGUCCAGCCGCGGGAAGAGGACCUCGAGUCCCGCAAACUACCGCUUCAUGAGCAGGACCAAGCUCCGGGGGCAGAUGCUCCGCAACAGCAGCAAAGGGGACCGCAGGAGCAGACUGACCCUGUCCCUGGAUGUCCCCACCAACAUCAUGAACGUCCUGUUCGACGUGGCCAAGGCCAAGAACCUGCGCGCCAAGGCGGCCGAGAACGCGCGUCUCCUGGCGCAGAUAGGACGAAGAAAGUGACCGUGAAAGACACAAGUUUGAUUUUAACACGACCAGCGUGGGCCUCGUUACUCUGCUGUAAUCGAUUACUUCUCGUUCACUUUUUAAAGUAGUUGUGUUGGUUUGAUUCUGCGAGGCAGUGGUAGAUUUGAUUCCAGUUAAAAUAAGUAUUUCUAAUG